GAUAUAAAUUACUCAUUAAAUGGGAUACUGAUCAAUCAUCACAAUUAUUUUUAACUUGACUGCCUCCACUGCACUCUGCAAAAUGGCAGCAGACAAACCUGUUAUUGGGCUAAAAGCCAGCAUGGAUGACUGCAUUCGGGCUCUGAUGGUCCUCAGCGAUGGUGCAGAGAAGCAGUUCCUGGAGUUUGUGGAGCAGCUGGAGGUUUGGCUCACAGAUAGAUCCCAGCACAAGGCAGAACUAACCAGACUUCAACAAGAAUAUAUGAAGUCCCAGGCUGAAGUCACCAGACUGGAGAAGCUGCUUAAGAAUGCUCAGCAUAUGUUUGGACUUGAAAGAGAGAAAAGAAUUGCUUCUCAGCGUCAGGUUCAACAGAUUCACCAAAUGAUGGAAAGCUUCAAGGCAACAAGCCGCAAGAGCGGCGCCGCUGGAUUUGCCGGCGAGGAGUCGCAUGAACAGUUGCUAUCACAGCUGUCGCUGACGCUGGAGCAAGGCAACACCUUGGGGGCCUUGUCUGCUCUUGACGGGCGUUAUAGCAAAGCUGGUCUUGAGUCUCCAGCCGGCGUGCUGUCUACCAUUGAUGAGAAUGGUGAUACUUUAGACGCCGUGUCCGACAUUGACUUGACUGAAGGGGACGACCUAGACACGUCAUCCCUCUGUCUCCGCUCGGGCCACAGCUUCAACACGGACGCUAACGCCGCACCGGCGACGGCCAGGAAGCGCCGUAGCAGCGGCCGCAAGCGCGCUGCCGCUCCCAGCACUGACGAUGACAACGGCAGAAAAAAACGCUCCAAGGAAACCUGUGACAAGGAAGAAGGGGCUGGGGGGUUGUACCCCGACCUGCCCCCCGUGUACCCCCCGUCGGCGCCCCCCCUGCAGUCCGAAGAGUGGACCCUGGCACGCACCCCGGCUGCUCUGAAGAGACAUGCCCCGCCCCCUCCUGCCAACCCUCAGGCCGUGACUCCCACCAACCAAUACUCGACGCCUCCUCAAGGCUCUCCUCUGCUGCGGUCGCAUCUCUCCGCCUCACGUGUCCAGCGACCUCACUGCUUCACUACCAAGAUGAUGUACAUGUCAGAGUACUGCCAGCCUUGUGGCAAGAGGAUCAAGUUCGGGAAGCAGGUGCUGAAGUGCCGCGACUGCCGCGCGGUGUGCCACCUCGACUGCCGCUCUGCUGUACCCCUGCCCUGUGUGCCUGCUGCGUCGACGCCAGGCUCCAAGCAGUGCUCGGGGAGCAUUGCUGACUACACGCCGGCCGUGGCGCCGAUGGUGCCUGCGCUGGUGGUGCAUUGCACUAUGGAGAUCGAGCGGAGGGGCUUCACUGAGCUGGGCCUCUACAGGGUCUCUGUGCUCGAGAGAGACGUCAAAAGCCUCAAGGAAAAGUUUCUGCGGGGUAAAGGCUUCCCGUGCCUGACAAACAUGGACGUGCACGUGAUGUGCAACGCCGUGAAGGACUUCCUUCGCUGCCUCAAGGAGCCGCUCAUCACGCACAGCCUGUGGCACCAGUUCGUGGCGGGCGCCAACAAGCGCGAGGAGGCAGACUGCGAGGCUGCGCUCUACCAGUGCAUCUCUGAGCUGCCUCAGCCCAACAGGGAUACGCUCGCUUGGAUGAUCCUGCACUUGCAGCGUGUGAGUGAAGCUAAGGAGUGCAUGAUGCCAGUCGGCAAUCUGGCGAAGGUGUUCGGGCCAACGCUGGUGGGCUACUCGGUGUCAGACCCUGAGCCUCAAAUGCUCCUCCAGCAGACCACAGACCAGCAGAAUGUGAUGAACAAGCUGCUGCAGAUCAGCAGCGAUUACUGGGAUACGUUCAUCAAUGUCAACGAUGAGAAUAUGUUCAGCAGCAACACGAAUAUCGUCGACUUUGGUCACCUCAUCACGCCUGACAACGGGCGUUCCAGCCGUAGGAAGAGCCUCCUCACUCGCACCCCUCUUACCAGAGGCAUAUCUGCUCAGUAAAACACUGUAUACAACCUUUGCUUAGUAACAAUCAGUGAAGUAUUCUUAACAGCAGCGCAGACUUAUAGUUCAACUGGAGAAAUUCAGCUAAUUGAACGUGUUAGAUUUAAGUUUUACUUUGGAGAUUAUCUGAAUUCGGUAGAAUAGUUCAGUUGAGUUGUAGGGUCAUUGCUGCCCUAUAUCAGUCAUGAACAGUUGUGGUUAUCGUGUGCCGUAUUUUCAACAAGUUACUAAUUUGCCGUUGAUAAUCUUUUUGUUAUUGUAAUUUUUGCACUGGUUAUUAAUAAAUAAAGAUGUGGAUGAAAUCUGCAUUAGAUAACGGGAUCUGGACAUCCAGCUUAUGGGAACGAUGUAGGACUGGCAUUCUAGUGUAAUUGACUAUCACAUUUUAAUUUCCUUGUUCUAGAUUAAGUUUGUUUUCUUAGCAGACAAAUUUUUAGAAGGCACUUUAAGACAUACCCUAGGCUGCACAUCUCUCCCUUCAGUUAUGGCUGUAGCUCUGACUCGGCUGUGCCCUAUUCGGUCGCGUAAUAAUCUGAGCUUAUUGCGGAAUUGAACAAACUUCAAGAUAAAGUUAAUGUGCGUUUGCAUAUUCUCAAGAAUACACAGUUUUUCCCGCGAUUAAUAAACCAAAAUAAUGAUUAUUUUAUUGCAAAUCUUUUGUUACGCUCAUGCACUUGCAAUAGAAGUUCUCACGCUAGGAAUAUAAUUUUAAUGCUGACCAAUAAAACGUGAAACGUGUAGCUACUCUUACUUUUUGUUAAGGUACUUAACAGAUUAAUGACUGAAGACUAUGUUGAGCCUGAGGCCAUUAUUCUUCUUUUUCCUCUCAUUUCGUGUUAUAUUGUGAGGUUUUAUUCAAAGCUACGCAUUCGUUCAGUUUUUUGUUUAGUAUUGUCAGCGAUAUACUCUUCGUGGCUUUUUAAGUAAAUGGAGAAAUGAGCCACUUGAGCUGCGAGGCAUUGAAAUAUAUUGCUAUUGAAUACAUUAUACAAACCUGCACAAUAAUGGAUGAUUUCUCUCCAUUUCUCUGAUUCUCUGGAUGACUGCUGCGUGCUGAUGACAGAGACCGCUGCGUGCUGAUGACAGAGACUGCUGCGUGCUGACGACAGAGACCGCUGCGUGCUGAUGACAGAGACUGCUGCGUGCUGAUGACAGAGACUGCUGCGUGCUGAUGACAGAGACUGCUGCAUGCUGAUGACGGAUUAACAAGACUGAUGAUAAAUGCGUCACAUUUAUGUGCUAAGAAAUUUUCAGCUAGACAUAGCACUGAUAAAAUACGUGCAAGUUUGUCUUUGCAUUUUUCGCCCACUCCCACGAAAUGAAUAAAAUUGUAUGUUCUAUCCCAAAAUAUGCUUGCAUCACCUUUCUGGAGUUGGACUUUAAUUCCGCUUCACCACUAUAACGAUUUAAAUUAUUAUGCGUGUUUUUAAGAUAAUAAUCAUGAAGGGCCAAUAAUAUUGCCAAUUAUAAGGCACAAAAAUGCACGUUUGGCUUUAUAGUUCUCGCCGCUUUUGGUUGAUUUUUUCGUCAUUAUUGAUUCAUAAAUUGUGACCGCGUUUCAACACUUCUACAUUUGUGAUUUUCUGGUAAUAAUUAAAUGGCCGUCGCUUCAGAUA